GUCAGCUUACUUUGAAAACAUAAAAAGAAUUAUCGUUAAACAAAAUGACAGUAUCAUAAGAAGUAAUAACAGCAAAAUGCCAGUAUUUACUCCGGUACCAGCACGCCAAACGAGCUCGCGGUGGAUCCCUUUUAUAAGGAUCAAGCAAUACGCCCAAACAUACCUGAUGCUUCGGUUGAGAUAUCGAAAAAUUCACAAUUCCACUAUUGCAAUCAGUUUUGAUACUAUUUCAUUAAAGUACACCGGCACUUUGAUAAUCGUUGAUCGUUGGAGUCUUAUUUUUCACGAGCAUCUUUAACACCGUCAACUAGCCCCGAUCUUCUCUAAUCUACAGCCGCUGACGAUGCUAGAAAGAAGUUUUCUUAUCACUUAGUUUACUGAACCGUCCCACACCGAUCAGUUGUAGCUGACAACUAGAACUGAGCGGUUCAUAUUUAUUGACUUAACACAAUGAUAGUGACAAUUCUACUGGUGAUCAUCGCCGCGAUCACACCCUUAACAGCUCAAUCCAAUAACACCCCGUACCAGUGUGGAAUUCAGAAACGCAUCGGUGGCGUCCUGUCCAGCGGAUGGACGGACGAGCUGGGACAGUGGCCGUGGCAUGUGGCCUUGUUCCAUCGUAAUUCCGCUGGCAACCGGUACCGAUGUGGUGGGACUUUGCUGAACGAACGUCACGUGCUAACCUCGGCACACUGCGUCAUUCGAUCCAACGGGUAUCCGAUGAGAUCGGCCGAACUAUCGGUGCACAUUGGGCAGUAUGAUUUGUCGGAACUAUCCGAAGAAAUUCAAGUAAUGAAUGUCAGCGAGGUGCAUGUGCAUCCUGAGUUUGAAAGCAACCGGAUUGAUAUUGCUUUAUUGAGGCUGAGUUCGGAUGUACAGUAUUCCGAUUACGUGAUUCCGAUAUGUUUAGAUGUAUUUCCCGACGAGGAAUCGCGAACGCUAGAAGGGGAUCGAAUUUGGGUUACCGGAUGGGGUCAGCUGGAAAGUGGUGAACUUCCUCGUUUGCUGCGAACGGCACAGAUGCCAGUGGUGAGUCAUCAGCAGUGUGUCGAGGCUGAUCCGGUGCUGUUUGGACGAUUCUUGAACCAAGGGAUGUUCUGCGCGGGUGAUCGGAAUGGUACAAGGGUCUGCAACGGGGACAGUGGCGGCGGAAUAUACUUCAGCGAGGGUAAACGAUUCGUGCUGAAGGGAAUUGUUGCCUUUUCCGGAAUAGAUGAAAAAAGUGGAUGUAACACAUUUAUCGCAUUCACCGAUGUAGGUUACUAUCUGCAAUGGAUUAAAAACCUAACCCUUACGGGAGAUAAAAUUGUCAAACCAGUUAAGAAACGAAUCAGUGAAAUUGAAUGUGAGAAAUACAAGAGAAUUGCGAAAAUGCGAGGUAAUAAAAAUUGUAGCAACUCAAGAAGUCCUCAUUUGGUGACUAUCAUUUUCGAUUUAAUGCCAAUGUCUGCGUGUUCCGGGAUCCUCGUAAGUGAACAAUAUGUAUUGUUUCCAUGUCAUUGUCGUGAUUUCAAACCGGUAAAAAUUCUCAUAGAAUAUGGUGAAUAUUCAAUUAAGAAUAUAACCUGCAAUCCUGGAUACAAUAUUGGAGAACCUUACCACGAUCUUGCACUGAUCGAACUGAUCCGUUCGGUUCGACUUUCCUCCUCACUUCUUCCACCGUGUUUGGCCAGCAAUUGGACAGAGAAUUUGUAUGAUUUGCUGCUGGUGACGGGCCACGUUAAUGAUUACGAAAAGCAAAACAUAAUCGAAACCGUAGUGAACAAAGCAGUAGACGAAGAAUAUUGUUAUCCAAUGAAAUAUUACUGGAACAUGCGCGACGGAGUGUCAGAUGGGAACCUAUGUGUGCUCAAUAACGACGAUGACACAAGAAUGGGUUAUCGGCUUUCUGGAGCAGCUCUGCAAACGAGGAGUAACCGUACCUGCAUGUUCAAGCUUUUGGGUAUUCAAAUAGAAACUUCUACCGGUAUUGGAAUUGGACCGGGGUAUGUUGAACUGUUCGCUCGGGUGUCCCGCCAUUUGGAUUGGUUGGAAGAGAUUAUCUGGGGAUUUAACAGGGCGGUCGGAAGCAUCUGAUGUCAAGCCAUCAACUUUUUUACAUUUUUACGAAACAACAAUUGAUCUUUCCCGACCAUUCUUUUCUAAUCCAGUCAACACCAGAGCGCAGAAUAUUCUUUUAGUCACAUCUAAAGAAAUUAUUUCAACCGCUUUAAAUAUUUUAGUCCUAAUAAAUGAUCAGCGAAGGCUUCUAAACGUGGAAAGAAGCCUCUUCUAAGAAGACUUUUGAAACUGUCGCCCAUUUCAUUUCGUUUUUAAAUCAAAUUUUGCUAAAACGUGAAAUAUUGUGCAGAAAAUGAUAGUGAUGUGUUUAACGUUAAUCUUUCUUUAAAUCUCCUGGAGUAGUGAUAGGCAACUAUUAAUCAGACAGUUUAUUGAAAACAUGCAACGACAAAACCAACAAGCUUUAACCAAAUUGCCAAAGAAAUUUUCUGACAUCGCAGCUGUUGGCGUCACUAAAAGCGAAUGACCUCUUGAUAGGCUCGAUAUAAGCUAAUUAAACAAUUACCCAGAAGUACUCAGCAUAUUUUUAAACUAAAUGCAGAUCAAAGUAAAUUAGUAUUUAAAAAGGUAAGCUCAUUUUCCAUCUGUCAGUUAACUCCAAUGAUCACUCGUCAGUAAACUAUUCCAUCAUUGCUACUUCAAAACCAUGUGGUUUAUAAAACCCAAUCAAAGUCAUACAUCAGUCUGUUUCUAACCACCGUAGACAAUGCAUUUUUUGCUUGUGUCCAAGUUAACGUAAAGCGAACGACAAAAAAAAACAGUUACAUUUAUUUGAUGUGUAUUGUCUGGUGAAUACAGGAAACUGAUACUUUUAUUUUUGUGGUGCUUUCUAUCGAGCAAUAUGUUCCGGCCAAAUACAAAUAUAUGCAGAUGCAUAUGCAAAUAAAUCCAAAUGCCAAAUUACGAUAUAUGCAGAUGCAUAUGCAAAUAAAUCAAUCUUUAAUUUUGCAUUAGAAGACCGCCUUGAGGGAAAUUUAUAUUAAAUAUUCAGGAAGGGUUAUGUUACUAUGUCUAUAGACUAAAGAAGAAUAUUUUAACAGAUUUAAUUUAUUUAAAAAGAAAAAUAAGAUGUCUUGAUUCUAAAAACGUAAACUACACCGAGGUACUAAUAGAAACGGGUCUGAACAGUAUUUAUUUACAAAUUACAUUAAA